GCAGCGGAGAAUUUGAAAACAAAAUGGCAACUACAGGAGGAGAAGAGGAGAAUUCUAAGGGGUUAAAGCGUGAUGCCCUCUGCAGUAUUGUUAUCUGCAAUGAGACUUCCCUCCGAAGCCAACCGGUCAUCUAUAACCCCGACUUUUUUGUGGAGAAGCUACGCCAUGAGAAUCCCGAUGUCUUUACUGAGCUAGUGGUCAGCAAUAUCACCCGGUUAAUAGACCUUCCCGGGACGGAGUUUGCGCAGCUCAUGGGAGACGUCGAGCCUAAACUUCCGGGAAGCGCUGGAACCGCCGCCACCUUCUUCAGGUCUCUUAAUUUCCUCAAACGUAAAGAAAAAGGUGUUGUAUUUGGAGCACCCCUCACAGAAGAAGGCAUCGCUCAGAUAUACCAACUCAUUGAGUAUCUGCACAAACAUCUGCGCACCGAAGGCUUAUUUCGUAUCCCUGGAAACAGCAAUCGACAGCAAAUACUGAAGGACGCUCUCAACAACGGGAUCGAUAUUGAUGUGGAAUCUGGGGAGUUUCAUCCUAAUGAUAUAGCUACGUUACUGAAAAUGUUUUUGGGUGAAUUACCAGAACCUCUACUGACACACAAGCAUUAUCACGCUCAUCUGAAAAUAGCUGACCUAAUGCGUUUUGAUGACAAGGGCAACAGGACCGGAGCACCGGAUAAAGAGAAACAAAUCGAGGCUUUACAACUCCUUUUUUUGCUCCUUCCGUCACCAAACAGAAAUCUUCUCAAGCUCCUUCUGGAUCUUCUCUAUCAGACGGCAAAAAAACAAGACCGCAAUAAGAUGUCUGCGCACAAUUUGGCUCUGAUGUUUGCGCCUCAUAUUGUAUGGCCUAAAAAUCUCACCGCAAAUGACUUGCAAGAACAUAUAAUAAAGCUAAACAAUGGUGUGACCUUUAUGAUCAAACAUUCACAGAAACUUUUUAAGGCACCAGCGUACAUAAGAGAAUAUGCUAGACUUUACUUCACCGGGAGCAAAACACCGGCUUCAAAGGACGAUCUGGAUUUGCUGUCUGCCCAAACCCCCAGUGAUGAUCAUUUUCUGAAAUACCCAAAACGCAGCAGGUUGGCAUCAUCUCCUUCAUCCUCUUCCACUCAACAAGAAAAGACUCAGCAGCACACAGAAGAAGCCUUAAAGGAGCUGUUCAGACAUGUGCACAACAUGCCAGAUUCUGCCAAAAAGAAGAGGUUAAUUAGACAGUUCCACAAACAUCCGGGAACACCAAUCAUGGAUCUAGGAUCUGAAAAGAAGCACACUCGUUCCCGCUCCUUCAGUGGCAUGAUUAAGCGGAGAGUACUGGGUGGCCAGGUUGCAUCUGAAAAGAAGAGCAGGAUCAUAACGCCACCGUCCUCAGCGGGAUCGGAACAUACCAAAGAGAACCUAAAAUAUAUAUCACUCGAUUCUCCUGCAGUCUAUUUUACCCGGGCGAAAUUAAAGCUAUCGGACGACCUCCACGCCAGGAAAGAGGUAUCAACCAAAUCUAAAAGGGCUCAUCUGUUGUCUUCACAGGAGACUUCGAUUUAAAAGGAUUUGGAUUUUUUUUUUAUUU